UUCAAAAUACUUCCUAAAAAAUUAAAAGAAUAUUAUUAUUAUUAAUUUUUUAUUCAAGGACGGUGAAUCACAAAUGAAGCCGUCUAGAAAAGCAACAGGUUCCUGCACUAGGUUGGGGAGCUUACAUUGACACACGUUGUUGUUAGUGACAAAGUGCUGUGUGAGUUAUACUUUUUGUUCGGCGCCUUUAUAUCGUUUGAUCGUUUUGUUCUAAGGGCCUUUUGCUGACUUGCAGCUCGCAUUCUGCAUGUCUCCUUUGUCAUGAGCAAGAAAGGUAAAGAAGCAGAUUCAUCACCUACCAGACUUGAAGAAUCUAAACUUAAAAUGGAGGAGAUUAUUCAACAAAUGUUGGAAGCGAAAUUCCAAGAAAUGAGCCGAGAAUUUGAAGAGAAACAGAAAAGAGCGGAAAGAGAGCAUGAGGAAAGACAGCGAAGACUUGACGAGGAAUUUAACCAAAGAGUGUUAGAGGGAGUUAACCAAAGAGUGGCAGAGGAAGUGAAACUAAGAUUGGAAGAGGAAUUGAGUCGAAGAGGGGAAGAGGAAUUGAGUCGAAUAGGGGAAGAGAAAUUGAGUCAAAGAGAGCAAGAAGCACCUAAGAAAGAAACAUCUAAGAACAGUACUGUUCCUAAGGCACCAUCUCAGCAGGUUUCAAAGCCAACAGGUAAAGAAUCUGCCUCCAAGGCUGCAGCCUCACGCAGUUCCUGUCAUACGGAAACUGUGGUGGUUUGUAACCAGAAUAAAGGUGACACAAAAUCAUCUAAGUCAGGAAGGAGAUCUCUGAAAACAUCUGGAAGUGAGGAUGAUGAACAGACCCGCAUGGGAGAUAAAAAAUCUGCCUCCAAGGCUGCAGCCUCAGGCAGUUCCUGUCGUACGGAAAAUGUGGUGGUUUGUAACCAGAAUAAAGGUGACCCAAAAUCAUCCAGGUCAAGAAGGAGAUCUGUGAAAACCUCUGGAAGUGAGGAUGAUGAGCAGAUCCGCAAGGCAGGUGCCAAUGCAGUUACUGCACCGAGAUCUGUGAAGAGUUCUGAAGAUGAGGGUGAACAAAUUCCGAGCAUAAAAGGUGGGUUGAAAGUAAAUUUUAAUUUCAACCACAAGUCAUUGAGUAGCAUUGAUACAAAACAUUCAAAGAGUUACUCAGAUGAAGGUAAGCGUUUAAGGAGGGUGAAUUCUUCUAAGAUUAUUCCAGCAACUAGUUUUUCCUUGACAGAGAAAGCUCCUGCUGAUGUACCGGUGAAGAACAAAGCAUUGAUUCAAUCUCCUUUGAAGAAGUCUGAAGGGCCUUCAAAAUUAGAAGAUGGUACCGAACCUGCUCCAAUAGUUGCACCUUUAGCACAGUCUGCUGAUUUUCAGGAGAAGGAAACAAAAAGUGGCAUUGAAUAUCCUAUAAAGAAGUCAAAGAAGCCUCCAAAAAUGGAAAACAGUUCAGAGGCUUCUCCCAUAGCUCUAACACCUAUGGCUCAGGAAAGUUCAGCUGAUUUCCAACAAACUGCAAGAGACACAGAAUCUCCCAUAAAGAAGCUCAAGAGGACAUCUAAAAUCGAAGAUAGUACAAAAACUGCCCCAACAACCAAGUCUGGGCCUACACAAGAAAAUUCUGCUGAUUUUCUGGUGAAAGAAGCAGCUAGUGACAAUGAAUUUCCAGUGAAGAAGUCAAGAAGGCCUUCUCAAGUCGAGGACAGUACCAAGAACUCUGAAGAACUCAAAGCUUUGUCUAGGGGUGUAGGAUCUACUAAUCACCUGGUGAAGAACUUGAAAGGAACAACACCUCAGAAUACAAGAAAAUACUCAAGAAAGCUUACGAAAGAGGACAGUGUUGUGAAGCUAAAGGAAGGUCAUGGGCACCAGCUCACCAAAGAUGAAUCUAACAUAAGUGCCGAUAAUCACCACAAUCUGGAACAACACUUUGAUAAUUUGACAGAUUCCGCUUCUCUUAUGGGAUCUAGGCCUCAGCAUGCAUUGGAUGAAACUCAUCAAAAGGAUUUAGAGCAUAACUUCAUUGCUGAAAUUGAAGAACAAGGCAAGACAAAUGCUACUGCAUUGAAAAGGAAGUUUGCUGAUUUGGAACACAAUUCUUUAUUGAAGAAAAGAGUUGUGAAGGACAAAGAAAAUUGUGUAACUUUGGUCAAACCUGAAGUUUCUGUACAAGAUCAUUCUGAUGUUGUUUUUAAGGAAGUAAAAGUGAUGGUGAAAAGGCUCUCUCCAGAACUUAUAGGAAAACUAAGCCCACCAAAAGUGAGCACCAAAGAGCAGGAUAACCAGCUAUCUUUCAGGGACACGAGUUCAGUCUCAAAUACCUUCAAGAUUCCUAGUACAGAACAUUUUAUAAAACCUGCAAUUCCAAAGAAAAAUGCCAGUUUAAAGAAAAGGGUCGCUGCUAAUGUGAAAAGCUGCAAUGUUGCCAAAAGAACAGGUAAACCUCUAAAAAUGUCCAAACCUAUAGAGCCUAGAGUUGAAAAGAAUCCUAUUAAAUCCUCUGAAAGUUAUGGUCAGCUGUCAGACACACUUUUUGACUGGCAUGCGCAAAAGAAAUAUGUUAAUCCAAUGGAAAAACUAAGAAUGGAAGAAGAGCUGGAUUAUGAGCCAGGGACGGGUGACGAUGAUGAUGCAAUGUCAUUGUAUGCUGAUUCCACCAUCUUUCAGAAUGAGGAUGAGACGGAAGACCGUUUGGUGAAGCAGGCUCGAGACUGUGACAAGGAUUCGGUUGCAUCAUGUGGCUCUGAUGACAGUAGGAGACUAUCUGAUAUGGAAGUAGAUAGUGAUGAUGAUGAUCGCACUAUUCCUGCUGAUGACAGCAGUAUGCUGGAAAAACACAUACCAGCCCCAUUAUCUCCCAAAGAAAGUGUGAUAGGGAUCCCUGUUGAAGUGUAUCCGUCCUGUAAACCUAUUGAAUCUAAGAGGGACUCUGUUGAAUCGGGAGAACUGGUGGGUGAUGAUGAUACUGAGUUGAUCUCCAGUCCUAGAACCGACCCAUUUGAGUCUGAUAAGAUGGCAAAAAAUCACACUUCUGAAAAGUAUGACAGCUCAAGUCAUGAUCUCUUGAAAACUAAGAGCGUCAAAUGCAGUAAAAAGAAGGUAAAUGAAAGAGGACCAUUAGUUUCACCACAACGAGCAAGUGAUAAAGAAGGCACUGGCAAUCUCAUGUGUGUAAAAGAUGAUAUGAAGGGAGAGAACAGAAGACAGAGAAGUCUAAAAAUGACAACAAGAACUGAACUUUCUAAAUUAUCUUCCUCUACAAGCACAUCUGGCAGUCCAGUUCAGGUUCCACAUGGAAGUGCAGUUUCACAAUUGGCCGGAGUCAAAUGUAAGACUCGCCAAGAAAAAAUCUCAAAUGUUCAGGUCUCAAGUUCAAGCAAAGCAAGAAAAACUUCCUCAUCAGUUCCUGCAAAAAUCAACAAUCCAUCAAUCAGCACUGGGACUGUUGAUCAGAGGUAUUCUGGAAACAAUACAAUACAGCAAGGGGCUUUGUUAAAUGCACCAACUGUUACAACUCGUGAAGGACCCGAAACAUGCAGAACUGCAAUCCAGGAAACCAACAAAAUUUCAAAUCUACAACUCUCCCACAAACCUCUUGAAUGUGAUGUGGGGGAUGACAAGCUGAUCAUGGAAUUUCCUGGGGUUUAUUUCGAACCUCCUAAAAAAGUUUUGCCUACACCUCCAUAUCACAGCACAGGCCUCCUUAAAACUCCUGACUCCUCUCCAUCUUUCGCUGUUCCAUCUACAUCAACAGCAAUGCCAUUGCAGCAGGACACCCAGAAUUUACCUGAUUUUCCGGAAUUCUGUCUGCCCUCAAGUUUAGGGGCUCAAGCCGUGCCAGCACCCAUUUUGACAGCUAAAUCUCCACUGGACUUGGUUAAUCAGACUUCAGAAAAUCAACAGAUGAUGAUAUUGCAAUUCUUGCAGACUAUGCGUCCUAAUGGAGCCAUUGCACCCAUCAGUGAUCCAAAACAAUCUAUCUUUGCUGCAAGUACUAGUAAUGAGAGCUCACCUGGCAUUCAUCCUAUACAUGAUCAAGGGCAUCACCUUCAGAUGAGUCUGAAAGAUGUUGACUUACGUCAAAAUGCAUGUCCCAUACCCUUGCAGAGUCCAAAGGUAGCAGAUGAUCCAAUUGUGGACCCCCUCAUUGGGAAUUACUGUCCAAACCAUUUAGAUCAUGGGACAUGUAAUGCUGAUGGUUGUCUGAAGAUACACAAGUUCCCUGAGCUUAAUUUGAAUGAUGGUAAUGUGAAAGGAGAGUCAAUUAAACUUAUUGGAAAGAUGCUUAUCCAUCCAUACUGGAGGGAAAACUGUUUUUCUUCAACUGUGGAAAUGCUGGGAAACUACUGUGAAAGAAUAGCUCUGGAGCAUAUAGCUGAUGAUUUCUGGGGCAUCUGUUGUGACAACUAUAAAAAAAUGAUAAAACCUGAUUUUAAUUGUUGGAAGCAGCUUGCAAGAGCCUUUUCUUUAUGUGGGUUGAAACCAUCUUUCUGCACCAGAACCAUCCUCAAAGUUUUGUUACAUCGAAAAAAGAAUCUUCUCAGAGAACAUUAUGUUGUAAUAGACAGCAUAGUUGACAAGCUGUUUGAAGACUUUAUCAAGGAUGAAUCUGAUUUAUGGUUCUGCCUUAAGAUAUUAGCGACCAUACCGUAUUAUGAAAUACCUGCUAAUGUUAUGCGUGAAAUUUUAAGAGACAUCUUGAAGGAAUCUCGGGAUAUUGCAUCGCAUACAGAAGUUUGCGAUUAUCUGCUGAGGAGCCCAAUAAUCGAGCAGCCUCGUAAGCCUGAAGAGUUUCAAUUGUUGCAUUACAUUCAUCAACUUUUGUUUGUCUUGCAACAAUAUGAAGUUACUUCACAACGAGCUCAGAAAUUGGCUGAUCAUUUCAAAAUUCCUUUAAAGAAUGACUGUUGUGUUAAAUAUGCAGAAAAAAUCAAGUCAUCGGCAGGUCCAACCACGGGUUUUCAUACUCCAAGAUUCACCCUGGUUGCAUCUUCUGCUCUCAGCAGUGUCAGUCAUAGCAAUCAACAUGACACUCUGCAACCAAGAGAAGAUAAUGCGGUCUUGGGUCUGGCAUCUCAUGGUCCAUGUAGCUCUGUGCAAAACUUGCAAAAUGGAAGAAAUUCACAAGAUAUUGGUGCUGCUCAAAGUUCUGGUGAGUCAAAUCUUAACAUCAUGGAAGGAGAACUUCAACCAGAAUUUGUUCAGUCCAGUCUGUUGCAAGCAAAUGACCAAGUAGUCAGGAAUCUGGAAGCAACCUUUGAAACCAUAAAGGUGACAACUGGAACUAAUUUUAACUUAAACAAUCAUGGAACUCUUGCUCCCGUACACAUGAGCCCUGCUCUGGAACAAGCAGCUUCUCCUCUGAAGCUGAAAAUAGUGGUUAACACUGAGACUGAGAAAAGAAAGAUCAUGGAACCACAACCUUUUAAUGAAAAUGAGGAGCCUAAUCCAUCACCUGUCAAAAUUUCAAACCCAAGCAGAAGUGUGCCUCAGCCUUCUCCAUUGAUUGACCAUAUUAAACAGAACAAGUGUGGUAAAGCUGCAAAGUACAUAAUCAGAUGGACAAAAUAUCCUGACAACACUACUAGGAUAAAAUGUGUUACAGAUACACUGUUGUCACUACCUUCGAAUGAAAGCAAAACAAAAUUUAAGAGCAUUUUACAAGCUAUUGAAGCUCAAACACCAAAGAAGUUAUUUGACCAAUUGAAGCCGAUAAUGAUACCUGUUGGUCUUAGCAUGCUGGAAGAAUUUUUACAGAGAGAUCAUUUUACUGAGGCUAAUGAGGUGCAUGAAGUCUUGUGGAAAAAAUUGGACCCUUUAAGUGUGAAGCUGGAUAAACACUCCUCCUCUUACCUAAAUUUAAUAACAGCCUGGGUUUGUGUUAAAAAUGAUAAAGUUAAAGAAGCUUUGGACAUAGUUAUUUCCAAUUGUUUCUAUGGCUUUCCCCAAAAUUGGUCAAUUGAUUCAAAGCCAAGUGAUGGGAAGUUGAGGGAUAGUGUUUGUUCAACCAUUUUCAAUCACUGCAAAAAACUUGAAGAACAUGUACUUGAUGCUGAGAAUUUAUUUCGAAAAAUGCUGGAGUACAAAGAAAGUUACGAAAUAGAUGUUACGAAGUUUUUUGAUGAUAUUCUACGAGCACUAGUGAAGUCUGCUCAAACCAGUCAAGUUUUAUCACUUUUGGUUUGGGCUUAUAAUGAACACAAUCUCAAACCUUACAGACUUGAGACAAAUCGUCUUAUUUUUACUUACAUUUCUACAUUACCUAACAACACUGCUUGUACUCCUGAAAUGCUUCAUAUAUUACAACAGGAGCCAUAUAAUGAAGCUGUUCCCUUAUCAAUUGAGGGUUGUCCAAGAAUCAUCAUUUAUUUGCAUUCUGUGUGGAAUGUUUAUGAGGUGCAUAACAUUUUCACUUUCCUUUUAAAUUGCCACCUCUGUAAUGUUCGAGAAAUUCCUCAAAUUGCUGUAGAAAUAAAGGAAUGCCAGUUACCGACUCGAGCACCCGAAGAGUUCCUUUUUCCUGAUAAUCUAGCGAGCAUAGAUCCAUCUGUCCCUGCCAUGCAAGAAAGAGUUCUUAAAGUACUCUCAAAACUACCAAUUCAAAUAAAGUCAGGAUUUGUCCAUGGAGUUGCGGAGUUAGAUAGUCUUUCUGUACGUGGAUAUGUCAGUAAGAGACGAGGAGUUCAAGAAGGGCAGAGAUCGGAUAUCCAGUAUCCAGGACAAAGUUCUUUCAGAGAUGAACCAACGACUUUCCCUGGAAGGAGGUUUAGUGAUGCGCAUCCCCACCGUAGUCAUCAGCAUUCUCAUGUUUCCAAUUCAGGCCACUGGACAGUACCUAAUCCUCCUUCAGCACCAUAUGAAGGAAAUCAGUGGAGUGGAAGUAAUUCUGAGAUGCCUUUCAAUGCGCGUUACUCAGUGCCUUCCGAUUAUGGCUGGGCAAGACCCCGACACCCUAACGUGGAAUACAGUCAGUAUGGAUUAGGAUCCUUCCGUGGUCAGUACAAUCGGGGUAGGUUUCAUCCACACCGGCAGCCAAGACAGCAUUGAAAGACUGAAAGUGCUUGUUUCUUCUUCUUAUUUGUAUUUUCUUAUCAAUUGAAUAAGCAUGUUCUUUUUUUUUUGAAAAAUCCGUUAAUUACUUUUUGUUUUGUAAUUGUUUAUGAGUGUUUAUUGAUGAUUAAAUAUUUCAUACUUUCUUA